AUGGCGGUGACCAUUGUAAGCCUCAUCUUCCUCCCCUUGAAGAAGGCUUUAUUGCCUCACAGAGUGAGCUGCUUAACCCGCCUUGGAGCACAGUUGCAAUCAUGGAGGAGAGGGCUUGGGCCCAAUGAAGGGGUAGAACAUCAAGCAGUGGAAGUAAUGGAAGCACGGAGGAGGUGUGCUGUGCUGCAUGGGCAGGUGGUCACACUGCCCUAUGCACUGAGGGAUUCUCCAGCAGCUGGGUCUGGUGACGAUGGUGGUAGUGGUGUUGGUGUUGGUGUUGGUGUUGGUGUUGGUGGUGGUAGUGGUGGUGGUGAUGGUAGCAGUGGUGAUGGUGGUGGUGAUGGUGAUGGUGGUGAUGGUGGUGGUGGUGGUGGUGGUGGUGAUGGUGAUGGUGGUGAUGGUGGUGAUGGUGGUGGUGGUGGUGAUGAUGAUGGUGGCAGUGGUGAUGGUGGUGGUGAUGGCAGUGGUGGUGGUGGUGGUGGUGAUGGUGGUAGUGGUGAUGGUAGUGGUGGUGGUGGUGGUGGUGAUGGUGGUAGUGGUGAUGGUAGUGGUGGUGGUGGUGGUGAUGGUAGUGGUGGUGGUGAUAGUGGUGAUGGUGGCGGUGGUGAUUGUGGUGAUGAUGGUAGUGGUGAUGGUGAUGGUGGUGGUGGUGGUAGUGGUGAUGGUGGCAGUGGUGAUGAUGGUGGCAGUGGUGAUGGUGGUGGUAGUGGUGGUGGUGGUGGUGAUGGUGAUGGUAGUGGUGGU